AAAAUAAAUAAGUUGGUUUGUUGUUUAGUUUACUAAGGUCCACCAUCUUGUAGAAUUGCAGAAACGAAGCUCAACAAGAAGAAGAAGAAGAAGAAGGAACAACAACAACAACAACAACAGUAGCAGAAGCCGUUACUGUCUCAAACAUUCAAAUACUACCAAAACCGACAAUAAGUGUAAACCUAGUCCAAUUAUGGAGGAUCCACUAUCAACUGGGAAGCCCCGAUACUACAAAAAUGUCAAAGUAUCAGUGUCUGUCUGACACGUAUCUCACACUGAUACGUGUUUGAUACAUACCAGGGAAGUAUCCAGCAAUUAAAUUUAUUCUUUUUAAAAAAGUGGCCGAUACAUUUGUGAUACGGCUUGGUUGUGUGCGGGAUACACGCGUGAUACUUAAAAUUCCAAAAGUCAGUUUUUUUAUUAGAAAAAUUUCCCCUUCUCUAUUUUGCUGUGAAAACAAACGCAUUUCUUCUCUCUUCUCUUUUUCUUUGUUGGAUAGUACUUACGAUGUUUUUGUUAUAUAUUGUAACUGGUGGGAAAAGAUAUGUAACUGUUACUUGUUUUGAUCAUUCUUAGUAAUGUGAAUGUUUAUUUAUUAUCAUUUUUAGUUAGGUUUACAUAUUGUGCAUUUAUAUAUUUAAUUUUAAAUUUAUAUUUUUAUCAAAGUAUCUUGGCCGUAUCGUAUCUUGCAUUUUAAAAUUUCCCUGUAUCUCCGUAUCCGUAUCUUAUCAAGUAUUUCGGCUUCUUAGACUAUCAGUUACUUUAUUUACAGCUUUUACGUGCCUUGUCCACUUGAUAAUUAUGUAUUCCAUUUUGUUUCAAUGGCUUUCUGUUCUGAACUAUGUGUAGGAUUUAAUCAGUCAUUCUCUUUUGUAUUGCAGAGUCUGUUAUUGGGAGGUGGUUUAAUAUGGUGGCAUUUUUCAAUGCCUAUCCUUUGGAGUCCUUGAUAAUACAUGACUAUGAUGAAGACCCUUAGAAUCAAGUGACAUUUGCUGGUUCCUUGUUUUAAAAGAUAAGAUAUAUGGAUAACCAUUUAGUUUUAGAUGAUACUUCGGUUACUAUAGCAGAACAACCAUUAGUCAUUGGUCAAGAGUUUCCAGAUGUGGAAACCUGCCGAAGAACAUUGAAAGAUAUUGCCAUAGCUAUGCAUUUUGAUCUUCGGAUAGUUAAGUCAGAUCGCAGUCGUUUUAUAGCAAAGUGCUCCAAAGAAGGGUGCCCAUGGCGUGUCCAUGUAGCCAAAUGUCCUGGUGUUCCUACUUUUACUAUAAGAACCCUGCAAGGGGACCACACUUGUGAGGGAGUUCGCAAUCUUCACCAUCAGCAGGCAUCAGUAGGUUGGGUUGCAAGAUCUGUAGAAUCACGCAUUCGAGAUAAUCCACAAUACAAACCAAGGGAAAUACUGCAAGAUAUUCGUGAUCAGCACGGAGUUGCUGUUUCUUACAUGCAAGCUUGGCGAGGGAAGGAACGGAGCAUGGCUGCGCUUCAUGGAACAUUUGAAGAUGGCUACCGUUUUCUCCCUGCAUACUGUGAGCAAAUAAGGAAAACAAACCCUGGUAGCAUUGCAUCUGUUGGUGCCACUGGGCAAGAAAAUUGUUUUCAACGCCUGUUUAUUUCUUAUCGUGCAUCAAUUUAUGGGUUUAUAAAUGCUUGUAGACCUCUUUUAGAGCUUGACAGAGCACAUCUUAAAGGAAAGUAUCUAGGGUCUAUACUUUGUGCUGCAGCUGUUGAUGCCGAUGAUGCUUUGUUUCCUUUGGCUAUUGCUGUUGUUGAUACUGAAAGCGAUGAAAACUGGAUGUGGUUUAUGUCGGAAUUACGGAAACUUCUUGGAGUAAACACCGACAACAUGCCUAGACUUACAAUACUAUCGGAAAGGCAAAGGGCCAUGGUGGAGGCAGUAGAAACACAUUUUCCUAGUGCUUCACAUGGUUUCUGUCUGCGUUAUGUUAGCGAAAAUUUCCGCGACACAUUUAAAAACACAAAGUUGGUGAACAUCUUUUGGAAUGCUGUUUAUGCCCUUACAGCUGCUGAAUUUGAAAGCAAGAUUACUGAGAUGAUAGAGGUUUCCCAGGAUGUUAUAUCAUGGUUUCAACAGUUCCCUCCCUACCUUUGGGCUGUUGCAUACUUUGAUGGUGUUCGAUAUGGCCAUUUCACACUUGGUGUAACUGAAUUGCUGUAUAACUGGGCCCUAGAGUGUCAUGAGCUCCCCGUAGUGCAGAUGAUGGAAUACAUCCGCCAUCAGAUGACAUCUUGGUUUAAUGAUCGGAGAGAUGUGGGCAUGGGGUGGACAUCAAUUCUUGUACCUUCUGCUGAGAAGCGGAUUUCGGAGGCAAUAGCCGAUGCUCAUUGCUACCAAGUACUCCGGGCAAAUGAAGUUGAGUUUGAAAUUGUGUCAACUGAAAGAACUAAUAUUGUAGAUAUACGAAGUCGUGAGUGCUCUUGUCGCCGAUGGCAGCUGUAUGGUUUACCUUGUGCUCAUGCUGCCGCUGCACUUAUUUCUUGUGGACACAAUGCCCAUUUGUUUGCUGAACCAUGUUUCACUGUACAGAGUUACAGAAUGGCCUAUUCACAGGUGAUAAAUCCUAUUCCAGACAAGAGUCAAUGGAGGGAACAUGGAGAAGGAGCAGAAGGUGGAGGAGGUGCAAGGGUUGAUAUUGUAAUUCGCCCACCAAAGACUCGCCGACCCCCUGGAAGGCCUAAAAAGAAGGUCCUGAGAGUAGAGAACUUCAAGCGUCCUAAAAGGGUUGUCCAAUGUGGUCGCUGCCAUAUGUUAGGACAUUCACAAAAGAAAUGCACAAUGCCCAUUUGAAAGAAUUAGUUUACUUGUUAAAAUUUCAGCAACAUUACAGCAAAUAGAAUGUAUGUUGUGUUUGUAUUGUAACUUAAAUUUAAGUUUCGAUGUAUGCUGAACCAAUCAGUAGCAAAGUAAGGAUACAUUAGAUUUUGGCAUGACUCCCAUCAAGUGGUUUUGCUAUGAUGGUGGGUUGUCUACAUGUUCUGCCUUUUUUGUGUCACAAAACAAGUAAUUAAUAUCAGAAAAUUGUCUUACCAA